AUGUCAUUCACAAGACUACCUCGUCUCCUUCGUAUCCCUCUUCCCACUUUGAUACGCACAGUUCAGAUAGUCGCAGUUUAUCAUCUCUUCACCACCGACAUCGCCUCCAUCCGGCCUUGUGGGGGUUUCUCCAUGCUCCCCACCUUGUCUCAUGACGGUGAUUGGGUACUCAUCUCUCCUCUACCUUAUCGAUCCGUAUUCCGCUCUUCCUCUUCUUCUUCAGCACGAGGUCCACGACGAGGUGAUCUGGUAGUAUCUAUCAACCCCAUGAAGCCCAACGAGACGGUGUGCAAGCGUGUGAUAGGGAUACAGGGGGAUAUCAUAGAAGUCGAGCCGCGUAGAGGUAGGGAAAGUAUAUGGAUGGCGGAGGAGGAUGAUGAGUUAGGAAAUGGAAGGGUGAUAUUACGCGAUGUUGACUCUGAGGGAAGACCGCUGAGAAGUCGGAGAAAAGGAGAGGGUCAAUGGGUGAAAAUACCAAAAGGACAUGUAUGGCUACAAGGGGAUAAUAUCAGUAACUCGACGGAUUCGAGGAUGUAUGGACCAGUACCGGUCGGUAUAAUCACUGGCAAGGUCUUGGCUAGGGUGAGCGAGUUCGUAUGGGGUAUGUGA